CACUGCCCUAGCAGCCCAGGUUUUCCGCAGGAAUGACUGCUUCCAAAUACUAAGAUUUGCACGGUUGUACCGAGGACAUUUAAAGAGACGCGCUAGCUUAGUCAGGUUGGUGGAGAGGAUACUUGACAGUUCUCGAAAACUGCAGAGAUGUUGCAUCCUUGCACAGUUCUGGUCAUUGUAAAGCUGCUGCUGUUGGUGGCAGAUUGUGGAGGGACAGCGCAGACCGGGGCUCGACACAGCGACUGCCCGUCCCGUUGUCACUGCGAGGAGGAUGGCAUGCUACUGCGGGUCGACUGCUCGGACCUCGGGCUCACGGCUCUACCGGCUAACCUUAGCGUCUUCACUUCGUACCUCGAUCUCAGCAUGAACAACAUCACCCAGCUCCCUGCUAGUGCCCUUUCAAACCUUCACUUCCUAGAAGAGCUGCGUCUUGCAGGAAAUGACUUGAUGCACAUCCCUAAGGGGGCAUUUUCUGGCCUUUUCAAUCUUAAAGUGCUAAUGUUGCAGAACAACCAGCUGAGGCAGGUCCCCAGCGAAGCACUUCAGAACCUGCGAAACCUUCAGUCUCUACGCUUGGACGCCAAUCAUAUCUACAGUGUGCCACACAACUGCUUUGAUGGCUUGGUGGGUCUGAGACACCUGUGGCUGGAUGACAACUCCCUGACAGAGGUCCCCAUAGAGGCUCUGAGCAGCUUAUCGACCCUGCAGGCUAUGACAUUAGCCCUGAAUGAAAUCACACACAUCCCCGACCUUGCAUUUGCAAACCUUUCCAGCCUGGUUGUCUUACAUCUCCAUAACAAUAGAAUUCACUCCCUGGGAAAGAAAUGCUUUGAUGGGCUCCACAGCCUCGAGACUUUGGAUUUAAAUUACAACAAUCUGGACGAGUUUCCCGUUGCCAUCAAAGCUCUGACGAACCUUAAAGAACUGGGUUUCCACAGCAACAACAUCAGGUCCAUUCCAGAGCAUGCCUUCAUUGGAAACCCUUCUCUCAUCACAAUAUUUUUCUAUGACAAUCCCAUCCAGUUUGUAGGGAAGUCUGCUUUCCAGCACUUGCCUGAAUUAAGAACACUGUCACUUAAUGGAGCCACAGAAAUCACAGAAUUUCCAGACCUUACUGGCACCAAAAGCCUGGAAAGUCUGACAAUCACCGGAGCUCAGAUUACCUCUCUUCCCAGUGCUGUGUGUGAGCAGUUACCAAACCUGCAAGUACUGGAUUUGUCCUACAAUUUGAUACAGCACUUACCAAGCUUUAAUGGAUGCAAAAAGAUUCAAAGAAUUGACCUCCAUCACAAUGAAAUUCAUGAGGUUAAAGCCAAUACAUUUCAGGAGCUCACAGCGCUGAGAUCCCUUGACCUUGCCUGGAAUAAGUUACAUGCAGUUGAUCCCAAUGCAUUCUCCAACCUGCCUUCAUUAAUUAAACUGGAUCUGACUUCAAAUCUUCUGUCUUCCCUGCCUGUGACUGGGUUGCACAGUCUAACCCAUCUGAAACUAGCUGGCAACGAAGGCUUACAGGAACUGUUAUCUGCAGACAACUUUCCAAAACUGAGAGUCAUGGAAAUGCCUUAUGCUUUCCAGUGCUGUGCCUUUGUGUCCUGCGAAAAUCACAAUAAGCCUACUAACCUCUGGGACAAGGAGGAGAACAGCAGCAGAGAUGAGUUAGGCAAGAAAGAGACAAGCAUUAUGGGCCACCAAGAGGACCAAGACCUGGAGGACUUUCUGCUUGACCUUGAGGAGGACCCAAAAGCUCAACAUUCAGUCCAGUGUUCUCCAGCCCCAGGACCUUUUCGGCCUUGUGAUCAUCUGUUCGGGAGCUGGCUCAUUCGUAGUGGCGUUUGGAUUAUAGUGGUGUUGUCUCUUGUCUGUAAUGGACUGGUAGCAGUCAUUAUAUUCUUCUCACCGACCUAUGUGUCACCAGCCAAGCAUCUGAUAGGACUCCUGGCUGUGGUCAAUAGCCUAAUGGGACUUUCCAGUGGCAUCCUUGCAGUGGUUGAUGCCUUGACAUUUGGCAGAUUCGCCAAAUACGGGGCAUGGUGGGAGAGUGGCAUAGGCUGCAAGAUUACAGGUUUCAUGUCAGUCUUUGCCUCCGAGACAUGUAUCUUCCUGCUGACCACUGCCGCCCUGGAGCGGGGCGUGUCCAUCAAGUGUUCCAAAAGAGUAGAGAUAAAGUCCUCCACCAAUAACGUCAGGAUUGUGUCUGCCUUCUGCUUUGUCCUGGCACUGGCCAUUACUGUCCUGCCUCUCCUGCACGUGGGUGAGUAUGGCAUCUCCUCUCUGUGUCUUCCCCUGCCCUUUGGAGAACCGUCCAGCCUAGGGUUCAUGGUGGCCUUAGUGCUGCUGAACUCCCUGUGCUUUUUCGUAAUGACCGUCACCUACACUAGACUGUACUGCAACCUGGAGAAGGGAGAACUGGACAACUUCUGGGACUGCUCCAUGAUUAAACAUGUUGCCUGGCUUCUUUUUACCAACUGCAUACUCUAUUUCCCCGUGGCCUUCCUCUCCUUCUCCUCCUUGCUCAACCUGUCCUUCAUCAGCCCAGAAGUGAUCAAGUCCAUUCUCCUGGUCAUCGUCCCACUGCCCGCUUGCUUGAAUCCCCUCCUCUACAUGCUCUUUAACCCGCAUUUUAAAGAAGAUCUCAGCCUCCUUCUGAAGAAGACACGAUUGUUAAAGAGGUCCAAGCAGGCCAGCUUGGUUUCCCUGAACUCUGAGGAUGCUGAGAAACAAUCAUGUGACUCUACUCAAGCUCUGGUCACCUUCAUUAGCUCUGAGAAGCCGGGCAACAUAUCGGAGAGCAAGUCAAUUUCGCCUUCUCACCAGAAAGUUGAAGGUUACCACUCACAGUCUGUGACAUUCGUUCCAUGCCAUUAGGAACAAACAGGAAAUGGACUGCAUUCUUGGAUCAUAGACUCCUUGUAGAACCAUACAAGACUAAAAGCAGUCUUUAUGUACAGUUAGCACACAAUGUCACUAGAUUAAAAACAGAUACUUUUUCUUUAUUUGCAGCUGCUCAAGGAAAGUGACACAUUUUCUCGGCACAUACAUCAGCAUUAAUUAGGCCAUUGCUUGUUCAGUCACAGUAUGACAAGUACAAAAGGUUGGGACCAGAGUUAUAUUUCCUGAUAUAAAUAUGCAGUGCAUUCCAGAGCACUGGCAUUUUUCUGUUUUUUUGACAGAUGUCCAGUGCACCUAAUGUAUCAUUAUGCCAUGUUGUAUGAUUUAUAGCUGAAAUUAUAAUAUGAUCAUAUGAGUUCAGAAUGAAUUAAAAAUGUAUGUAACUCUCUGGGAUGCUAAUAUACUGCAAAGCUUUGUUAUGUCUAGACCUCAAAUAUUGUGGAAUAGAGUCUUAUGUCUAAAGUAGUUUUUCUUGAUCGAUGCAAAAGUGAAAACAACCCUCCUGAAUGGCAUGUUUAAAUUUAAACUCACAAUGAAAACAGUGUUUUGAUAUUCAUGAAAAGUUAAUCUAGUCAUUACAAUAAAUCACGAAUAUCAUAUACAUUUAUUUAUUAUUGGCUUCUUCAAGCAUUUCAUGAUUUGAAAAAAACUUUUUGCAUGGAACCUGAUUUAUUUAUAAGGUGACUCCAGAAUUCAGGGUAUUUCAGUGAGAUAACUACAGUGUAUAUUACUUCUGUAUGCCAUUAUGAUGGUUAGGAAGGACAGGACCGCUUUACAUCCUAUUAUUUAAUAAUGGUAAAUAUAUAUCAGUAUUACAGUACUGUUUAAUGUCUUGAAACACCAUAUACAGAGAGGCUGAGUGAGAUGAAAAUAUCUUACUUCACUUCAGUCCUUAGAUUCACUUAUAUCUUUGCAUCCUGACCAACUAGAUCCACUUUAGAAUUUACAGACCAAUUUGCAAUCCCUUCAUAAGGAAAGAUUCUGGCUAUCUUUGAAGAAGUGUUUGUUGCCUCAUAUAUCAGCAUAUUAAGACAAGUUAAAUAUGGUGGGGUUUUUUUAACGUGCCUUAGUUUUUGUAGUUAUUUUCCUAUUUGCUUGACCCUUUAAAAAAAACGUCUAACAAAGGCUUUUUUAAGAGCUAAAAUAAAAAUCUGGAAGAACAAAUAGAUUCCCCAGAACAGAUUCACAUAUUUGGGAGUAACUACUAUAUUUUUCAGACUGUCUGAAAGAUGGGAUCCUAUUCAGCUGCUGGGAAUAGCACAGGCAGUGUGCAGGAACUAAAGCUCAUCAGCCAUCAUAUCAAAUAAUCUUUUUAAAAGCCAUUUGGCUUUGUGUAACUAAUUCUCAUCCAGUCAUUUUUUGAAAGAACAGAGGGUAUUGUCUUCAACAGCAUGGCUGAGUAGCUUGUUUCAUAAUGUAUGUUAAUCCUUUAUCAUUAUUGGUAGAUUUCGAAAUCACUUUGUGACAAACAGAGCGGUCUCCUUUUCAUUGGCUACUGUUGAGAGAGAGCAACAAAGAGUGGCCACCCCAUGAUGUCACAUCUUGGUGGAGGAUGUAGGUACUACCUUUGUGAUGUCACAUGUGAUGUCACAUCUUGGUGGAGGAUGUAGGCACUACCUUCGUGACAUGUGAUGUCACAUCUUGGUGGAGGAUGUAGGCACUACCCCCGUGAUGUCAUAUGUGAUGUCACAUAUUGGUGGAGGAUGUGGACACAAUAAACAACCCUGGUCUCUCACUACAAUAGACUGCCACCACUUUAAAUAUUUUGGCUCAUCUGACUACUGCACACAGAUAGGCUCCAAUUGCUCACAGACACAGUCCCCUCUGGGACUGUCAUUCUUCCCGGUCCCUUUUAAUGCUCCCAGUUCCUUCUGGGAGUGUUGCUCACUCUCUGCCCCUUAUCGGGAUUUAUCUGCCAAAACUAGUGUGCCUUCCUCUCAUGCACUUGUAAGGCAAACACAGGGCCUCACACCCCUGCUGUCCUGCUUCAGCCCUGCUCUCUUAUAGCCCGAGCCUCUGCUUACGGGAGACCCGUCCUCUCUUUUGUCUGCAGCUAGCACAAGACUAAAGGUCUUGUCAGCGUUCCCACAACUGAGACUCAUUAGUUCUUAAACUCUGCUCAGUUGUGUUUACCAACGCAACACAUUGCUCUCUGUUGAGAGCUACACCUCCCCAUUGAACACAGCCCGUAUCUCCACACUGCCGAUCACUGAACCAACCUUACUAAUAUUUCGUCUCAUUCCUCUACUGAUGGCAUCACUGCUAUUCACUGCCACAGACAUGCACACAAGACACUUGGCGAAAUUUGAACCAAUAAUACUGACGACUAUUUACAAGUCCUUUUGAAAGCUUCGGGGAUUCAUAACCAUUACAAAAUUCUGUAGUGGUCUAUACUCAGGCAACAUUUAAACCUUCCAUAAUUUAUCCAGCUUUCCUAGAAUAGGGAGGGUAAAUCUGGGUGUCAUUACACUGCCAGCCAACAGUAUAGUAUAAAGAGACACUUUAUCAAUUCAGCGAUGCAAACAUAUUAGUUUGCAAACAUACAUGUAAUAAACAAUUACAAAUUUAUAAUUGCAAUAAAGAAAAGUAAAUAAUAUGGUUCCCCUGUACUUUACAAACAUUGUGUUUCCAAACGUUUGACUGGUAGUGUGUAUAUAUGGAUAUAUACAGUAUAUGUACUGUGACAAUCUCAUUUUCCUACAGUAUAUAGGCUAUGCCAGUAAUCUAUGGAAUUGUUUUCUUUCUCUCUGUAGAUUGUAUAUUGUCAGUUGAUGUGUUUUGUAUAUGCUUGUUGUGAAGUACCCAAUCUUCAUUGACCUCCAUAUUGUUUUCUUAUUGUCAAGUCCUGAAUACUGUGGUUUCAAAUGCUUACGCCAAUGUUGAUAGUACAACACUUUAAUCUCUUAAAUUGCUGGAAUUCAGUUUUGUUUCUGUUUCUCUAUUGCUGAAUGUGAUUGUGUACUUGUGAAAAUGCUUUGUUUUUGGUGUGUAUUUUCUUGAAUAUCAAAAUUUGAAAUUAGUAGAAACAUGAAACUUAAAUGAUCAGUCUACCAAAUGUUUAUUUAAGGAACUAAAUUUUUGAGAAUCAUAAUUUGAUAGGUAUUAUUCUGGACUUUGAUGAAAUAUCUCUGAGCUGCAAAGAACUUAAAGAACUUCACGCUGUUUUUCUUUUAUUAAUGACAGCACAUCUCUUCUCCACUUGAGAUUUAAUUAAUUUGAGUUGUUAAAAGUCUAACAUCAAUCACAAUGGAAUAGGCUUAUUUUCCUUAAUUCUCUUUGGCUUUUAAUUCUUCUAUUCACUUGUGAGGGCACAUGGUAGCAGCCAAGGGAAGUUCUUAAAUGUGAAAUAAUUUUCUUAAGUGACAUGUCCAACAAAGUUAAAAAACAGUUACAAAAUAAAAUUCACCCUUAAGUUGUAUGUAUUUUUCCAGAAUGCAGACAAAGACAAAAAGAUAAAGGUUAUGUUCUGCUUAUGUGUGAUCAUUUAACAGUAAAUAUAUCCAAGCUAUUCAUUUGAAAAAAGUACAACUGACUUCAAAUGUAGAACACACAAUAACAUUUAAAAAUUUAGAUGUUUCAUUUACCCAGAUAUGCAAAAUAUUAAUAUAAAACACAACAUACCUUUCAGUUACUUGAUAACACAGAUUUCUAGGGACAAAAUUGACUGGAUAUCUUGAUCUAAAUUAGAAUGACAAUUUGAGGAUAGGUAUAUCAAAUUUUAUGAGCUACCCCUGCCUUCGCAACUGUUUGUCACAAAAUAUUUUACAGAACUGUAACACAGUUGACAACUUUGUACAGCAAUCAUUGACCACGUAGGCACACAGAGGAAAACUGACCCCUCCAGUGGGAGAAAUAAAUACAGUAACUGGGGGUCUCGGGCUCAAUGGUUGAUCCUCCUCCAGUUAAUGUGUUUGUGGUACAUUAUUUUUGACAGAAUAUAGACAAUCUCUGCAAUGUCAAGGUUUGGUAUCUGGAUGUAAUCAGAUUAAGGAAUCUUGAUAGUGGUCUCAAUGUUAAACAGUCACUCUUCUUUGUACUUUGUCUGCAGCCAAGAAGAUAAUAUUGUUGUUUUUGUUCAAAAGCCAGUUCAUAAACAUUAAUUCAUUUUAAUAACUAGUGUAGACAUCAUGUAAGAGUGGGCAUUACACAAAAAAACUGUUUUUUAGCAAUUGUCAAAAUAUAUUUUAAAACAUUGCUGUUUCCCAAGAUUUGAGUUUCAUGGUUCUAACCUAAUGGGGCAUUUUUUUUUCAGAUGAAUUAAAAUUAGUGGGGUAUAUGACUUCACAGCUGGGACAUUCCAAAUAGAGAAAAAAAUCAUUGUUUUUUUAAUAUUUGCUGUAACACAUCUAAGCAAUACCUUUUUAUACAUUUUAACAGUGGUUACUUAGACGUUUAUGUUUCCAAGAUUCAGGAUUUUCCAUUCAAAGGAGACCCACAGGAUGAAACUGUAUACAAUGCUGGAGUUACACUGCCUUUAGGAAUUCCACAUUUUUAAAUGCAGAUGACAUCCAAAAUAGACUUCCUAUGUUAUGUUAUGUUCCUAAGCCGAGGUGUGUCUAAUUAUUAAAACCAGAGAUAAAUAUUCUGUCUCAAACAGCUUUGCAAAGAACUUCAUAUUCCACCCUGCUGACCUUGUAAACAUUCAUAUUAAUUUCACUGCCUUGCAGAAACAGACUUUCCCUUUUUUGAUUCAUUAAAUGUAGCAACCAGGCUGUAAAUCAGUGUGUCAACAGUUCGAAACACUGAAUAACAGUAUCUGUUACAGAACACACAAACUUUUGCUAUGGCUAGGUAUAGCCUGUAAAUGUAAGGUGUUUAUUUUUAAUUGCUCAUUAGCAAACUUUAUUACCUUCAUAGGUCAACCAGUUUCACACACACAAAAAAGCUGUCUCUGUUUGAUACAUGUGGUUUGACUUCAUUUUAAUUGUUAAGCAGUUUCUCAGUUUGGAUGAAGAGCUAUU